ACCUCUCUGCAGAAACCGGAAGUCAGGGAACAGGAAGUCAGGAAACAGGAACAAUCUCGGGAAGAAGUGACACAAAAGUUCAUCAAACAUGAGCCGAAUUUACCACGACACGUCUCUUAAGAACAAACCGGUUCAUAAUGAGACCUUCGACGGUGUCUGGUCCCCGUCCGCGAGUGAGAGCGGGGCGGGGGUUCUUCUGGAGGGGAAGCUGCUGGAUGUUUCCAGACAUGUGAUCAGCGACGUCAAAAAUCAAAAGGUCCGUUUCUAUGUGCUGUACGUGAAACCCAGCCGCAUCCACCGGAGGAGGUUCGAUGCCAGGGGGAAUGAAAUGGAACCAAACUUCAGCGACACCAAAAAGGUCAACACCGGCUUCCUCAUGUCCACCUACAAAGUGGAAGCGAAAGGCGAGACGGACAUUCUGUCCCACGAGCAGCUGUCCACGAUUGUGGACAAAGACGAGCUGAUGAGAAUAACCGACAAGCACCGACCCAGCGGCACCUGGGGCUUCUGGUACCCGGAGGCGGAGAUGGACAAAACCGAGCUGGAGACAGGACAGGACGUCCGACUGAAGACCAGAGGAAACAGUCCUUUCAUAUUCUCUUUAGCCAAAGUGGACGGAGGCUCAGUGACCAAGUGUAACUUCGCUGGGGAUGAAAAUGCUGGAGCUUCGUGGACGGACAAGAUCAUGGCCAACAAAUCAGAACCAGGAAACACAAAGAUGUCUGGAGACGGAGAGGGAGCGGGGGAGGAUGAGUGGGACGAGUGAUGAGCCGUCGCUCGUCAGCCUGAACCCGAGGCCUCGCUCCGGCCUCCAGGUUGAGCUGCCUCCACUUGGCCCCGGGCCCGUUUAUCUGUCUUGGGCCUGGACUCCCACAUUCCACUGGGCUGUCGGAGCGGUUGCACAACGGACCGUGGGGCCGGACGCGACUCGACUCCUCCAGCGGCACGGACAGAAUCCAGCUGUUGGUGGAGAUGCAGAAACGGGACCUUGUUUUUUUACUUUGGAUCAAAUCCCCAUUUUUAUAAGACUGUAAAUACUCCUGUCGUCACAGACACUAAAACAACACCCCCCUGCCCUGCUAUUAAAUAUUAUAUUGAAAACA